GUUAUCAUUCCUCCUCUCUCACCCCCCUCCGAUAUAUUGGACAUUACAGCUCUUGGGUUGAACUCAUUUGAAUCCAAUCUACAAUUUUCCAUCAUUUUCCUGAGAAAGUCCAACCAGGAGUGAAAGCAUUCCUAAUUUUUUUUUUUUCUUCUUCGAGCCUUCAUUCUUAUUCUUAUUCUUCAGCAUCAAGAUCCAUCCUUUCGGAAUUCCAGAUCCUGUUCUACAAGAAUUUAUUGCUAGAAUGGAUUUAGCUUACAACAACGGUCACUUGCUGACUAGCAAUGGAGAUAUAAACAAGCCCUUCAAGAUCUUUGUAGGUUAUGAUCCACGUGAAGACCUUGCAUACGAGGUCUGUCGCCAUUCCAUCUUGAAGCGGUCUUCAAUACCUGUUGAGAUCAUACCCAUUGUUCAAUCUGAUCUCAGGAAGAAGGGCCUUUACUGGCGUGAAAGAGGCCAACUGGAGAGUACUGAGUUUUCCUUUUCUCGAUUCUUAACACCAUACUUGGCCAAUUAUGAAGGUUGGGCUAUGUUUGUUGACUGUGACUUCCUUUAUUUGGCUGACAUCAAGGAGCUGAGGGACUUAAUUGAUGAAAAGUAUGCAAUAAUGUGUGUUCAUCAUGAUUACACUCCCAAGGAGACAACAAAAAUGGAUGGAGCUGUGCAAACUGUGUAUCCAAGGAAGAAUUGGUCUUCCAUGGUGCUUUAUAACUGUGGCCAUCCAAAGAACAAAGGGUUAUUGCCAGAGGUUGUCAACACUCAAACUGGUGCUUUUCUUCAUAGGUUUCAGUGGCUUGACGAUGAUGAAAUUGGGUCUAUCCCAUUUGCCUGGAACUUCCUUGAGGGCCACAACAAGGUUGAUGAGAAUGACCCAACAACUCAACCAAAAGCAAUACAUUAUACCCGUGGAGGGCCAUGGUUUGAAGCUUGGAAGAACUGUGAGUUUGCAGAUCUUUGGCUGAAAGAGAUGGAGGAGUACAUGGCAGAAAAGAAGAAGACCAUUUCAAAUUAGUCAGAGUAUGCAUGUCUUUCUUUAUACCCUACUUGCAGGGUUUACGAGUACUGUGUUUCUGCUUAUGCUCUAUUCUUUAUUUAUUUUUCAUAUUCUAGAUCUACUUCUGCUUUAGUGAAGUAUCAAGUAUCUCUCCAGCAGUAAUCAAAAUAGGUAUUUGCAGACAUAUAUUUAAUUCUGUGUGCAUCUUCUUAUCAUCAUUUGUUCAGCAGCCUGAUUGGGAUUCUGAUCCCUGGCUUAUUAUGCAAUAUCUUUUGUUACUAAACGAGGGGAUUGUGUCUCUUGUUUCUUCAACUGUUUUUUAGUUCACGCCUUUGUUCCAUGUGUUUUUGUUGUUUUUUAGUCUUUUCCUAAUCUGGUUUAACAUGGAAGGACCUUGUUCUCCUCUCAGUUUUAAUUUUCUUCCGGAUGGAGAAGAUUUAAUAUUAAUCAUAGGAGGCUGUUUUUAGUAUUAAUUACUCUAAAUCCAGCUUGCACAAUGCUUAAUAUUUUAUUGGCCAAAGAAAACUGCUUAGUAUUUGUUAUGGCAUGUUUCUGCAUUUUGAGAUGGAGGUUGUUUGAAAAGGAAAAUUGAGACAUUAUAUUGGGAAGGAAUGUGAUGGAGUUUGCAUUAUUAGACUUUUUGAUCCUAAUGUACUCGAUCUUGAAGUAUCAACCCCAAUGUGGGCAUCAUGCUGGCACCUUUCCUAUGGAAUAAAUACAUUUUAUUCAUUAAAGCAAAUUCUAAAGGUGUACUAACCAGUGCGAGAAGUUCAUAGUUAGUUGGCAGUAUUUUAUUGCUUCGUAGUUGAUUUUAUCUGUCUUUUAAAAACACCUGUUUCCUCUACAGAAAUUUAUCCCAUUAAGUGGUUCAAAUAGGAGAACCGUGAGCCAGUGAGGCCACAAAAUCAACAGCCGCAUUUCCUUUGGCAAAGCAUGGCUAAUGAGCAUGUCAGGAAAUCCUUCAUCAGAGAUUUGAUAUCCAUAACAAGAUUAGCCGUUGUUAGAUGCCCA